UUCAGUCUGGACGCGACGAGCGUUACGUUCGUUGCGCGUGUUUCGCGUUAAAGUGAAAUCAUGUGCGAAAAACGUGGUAUGUGCACGAGUAGACGACAGGUGCCUCUUCUAGUAGUGACUACUUUGUUAGUUGGCGUGCGCCCGGAAAUAGUCGAUCCGAAUUUCAAGGAACCAAUUACCAAUGUAACUGCGCCGGUUGGAAGGGAAGCAAUUUUAUCUUGCGUGGUUCAAGAUUUAGCAGAAUACAAAGUAGCAUGGCUACGGGUAGAUACCCAAACGAUAUUAACGAUAGCUAGUCACGUUAUCACGAAAAACCAUCGAAUAGCCGUUUCUCAUAGCGACCAUCGCACGUGGUUUCUCCACAUACGAGAGGUAAAAGAAUCUGACAGGGGAUGGUACAUGUGUCAGAUUAAUACGGAUCCAAUGAAAAGUCAAACUGGUUACCUGCAAGUUGUCGUUCCUCCGAAUAUUCUGGACUAUUCAACGAGCACAGACAUGGUGGUACCAGAAGGCAGUAAAGUGACUUUGCACUGCGAGGCGACGGGAUCACCGGGACCUAACAUCACCUGGCGACGCGAGGAUGGCCAAUUAAUACCCUUGGCAAAUGGACGAAAAGUGCAGAGUGUCGAAGGACCAAAUUUUAAUAUUUCUAAAGUAAAUCGAUUACAUAUGGGCUUCUACCUUUGCAUCGCAUCCAAUGGCGUGCCACCAUCAGUUAGUAAAAGAAUUAUGCUGACUGUUCAAUUUCCACCCAUGAUUUCGGUGCAGAAUCAAUUGGUGGGCGCUCAGGAGGGACAACAGUUGACUCUGGAGUGCCACUCGGAGGCUUAUCCUAAAUCCAUCAAUUAUUGGACAAGAGAUAAGGACGAGAUAGUUCCGCAAGGAGGGAAAUACGAGCCUAUACUAUUGGACAACGCGUAUAAAGUUCAUAUGAAAUUAACGAUAAGUUCCGUCAGUCCGUCCGAUUUUGGAUCGUACAAGUGUGUCUCUAGAAAUGCAUUAGGAGACACCGAUGGCACCAUCAAAGUUUAUCCAAUAACAUCUUCGAACUCUACUGGUAGUAAUACAAAAUACAAAGGGAAAUUAAGGCACAAUUCGAGAAACGAUAUUUUCGAAGGAAACCAAGACAUGCUGAAAGAAAGAGAUCUAAAGUUACGAGGCCGCAAAGAAACCAGCGGAAACGAAGAGGAUGAUUACGAAGAUUCCGCUGCGGCGUCGAACAAGGACUCUUUCAGCUUGAUUUUCGCUUUGGUCACAUUCACCAUUUACCUCUACCAUCAUCCGCAGUUAAGAACGCUACAUCCGGCUUGAAGAGCGGCCCCCACCGUGCCAGCACAUUAUCAUCAAAUCCUUCUUUCGAUCGCGACCCAUCGACAAUUUGUAAAUCCACUCAAAAAUCCAUCGCUCAGGGACUCCAUACCGAGGAUAAAUUAAAUCAUGAAAUCGCGCUGACCACCCGUCACACCUGUAUUAUAAGACGACACACUCUAUUAUGAUUAGUAUCGUUGUUAUUGUGUAACGAUAUUAGCCGUCGUAAGUUAUUCGUAAACCGUAAUAGCGUAGAUUAAGCGGAUGGAAAAAUUCUUUUAUCGCGAAGAACGUCACGUAGCGAGCAAUAAGUAAGGGAACACGAGAAGAUCCUGUGCUGGAAUUGAAUUUACAGGUGCGUUAUGUAACGAGCCUGGAUCAUGCUCAAUGGUACGCUAUACUUCGAGAUAGUAACCAAUGUGAAAUUUCGUUCUUAGUUUUCGCGUAGUCAGUUGCGUUAACGUUUUACCACGAGAUUAAGAUCGUGGUAGCCGUUCUUCGCGAUGUUUCGCGCAUUAAAUUAGAAAACAUUGCUUAAUUUGUCUUUAUAUUUCGCUAGUCAGAAAUUAGUACUUUUAGUACUCUCUCUUAUAUUCUUCGCAGCGUAGACAGGCGCGGUAGAGAUGAUCGAACAAAGGAAAACGAAGAUAAUAAUAAAGUAAGAGAUAUACAGAGUCACAUAGAUUUUCUCGCAAAGCGUGUCUAAAAUGCUCACGGGGAAAGUUUUUGUCUAAAAUUUCGAAACUAUCUACUACGAUCUCGAAAGAAGGAAUUACAAUGUAUAUCGCGCUUUACUUUUCCUCUUGUUUACAAAUAUCUCAUUUCUACCUCUAUCCGUUGCUUAAAGUUAUAUCUCUUGUGACAACGAUAUUGCAAACUAUUUAUUGCUGCGUAAUAAAAAAAAGAACAUCGAGUUACGAUAGAUCAGACUUUUCGUUUCCAUCGUUUCAGUUCUCGAGGAAGAUCGAUAACGUAUAGAAAUCUGGUAUAAUCGAUUUUGCGAAUACGUAAUAACGAGCGCUCGACAACUAGCACCAACAGCCUCCGUGGAAGCCUCCAGUGAUUCGUAUUUAUACCAAGGACAAUGUGUAUCGAACGAAACGAUUACCGAUAUGCAUUCGUGUAUAUAUACAUAUACAUAUACAUAUACGACCGCUUUAUUUAUAUAUAUAUAAAUAAAGUAUUAUAAUACGGUCCAUGUAUUUGCAUAGGUAAUCGUAUAUUCGUACGUAUGUAUAUAAUAUAACUGUAUGUAGUACGUUAGAUAUAGUAUUAUCCAAAGACUGAGAGCAUCGUUUCGACGCUCUUGAACUGCAUUAAAUAAUUAAAUAACGAAAGAUGGCCGAAACUGAAUCACACCUCGCGUGGCCCGUAAAAAUCACUGAUCGAUCGAAGAUGGAAUCUCUGUGUGAAACAGCGCGCAGGAAAAACUGUACAGUCCCUUAAUUGUAAUUUCUCAAGCUAUCCGUGAAAAUCGUGCAAGAAAAUGGCAUUGUCCUCGCUAAAUUAUACUAGCGUUUUCCAAGAUAAUCUUUCUUCGCGAAGAAAAGAAAUUUCUUUACAGUUAGAAAGGAUUAACUAAAAUUUGAAACGUUCGAUGUCGGGUGAAAAAAAAUUACGGAGGCACGUCCCACCUAAACUUUUCCCUUAUUUUAACCUUUGAAAUUAUUAUGAAUAAUUUCGCUCGGUUAAGAACUAAUCCUUUCGUAAACAUUCCAAUCGACUUCGAGUCGAAUUUUAAAGGGUUACUCUGUUUUAGACGAUGCCCGAAUAUUUACGUGGCCGGCCGUGAAUACAUUACGAAGCACACUUCGUAUGAGAAGUUGUUCGCUAUCGUUACACGAGAAGAGAGUGAUUGGAAAUCUAUUUCGCAAAUCGGAUUUCUCGAAAAAUUCUCAAAGAACAUUCCAAAUCGAUAUCACGUUUUAAACUGGUACGAAUAAUCGGCAAAUGAUAACUAUGAGAUAGAAUAAUAGGAAAACGAAAUUUUCCAUUUCCAUUGGCAGCAUCUACAUAUUGUUCGCUAUUCGAUGCAGAUUCGAACAAUUUCAAAGAUAUACGCUAUAUACGUAUACAUAACUACGUCAAAUUUUUGUAAUAAUGGAGACAUUAAGCAGUCUCAAAUAACAAAAAAAAGAAAAACGCCAUUAACUUUACCAUACAGUCUAUAAAUGUAAUACAAGUGGAAUGUAAAUUGAAACUUAUAGAUUUAAUUAAGCGAUACACUAACAUAGAGAUUUUAUUAAAAUGUACGAAAGAGCGUGAAGCUUAUAGGCUUUAGAAUUAAAACACAUUUAAAUACAAAGAUUAUAGAUGUAUGUACUUAGAAUACGUCGAAAUUGAACGCAUAUACCGGUAUAAUGAUUACAUUAGUACGUAAAUAGAAAAGUUUGUUUAUAUUCACGCAUCAUGAAACGUCGAUAGAUAUUUGAGAAAGUUUAUCCGUUACGUAAUAUGACGGAAUAAUGUCGAAAAAUAUUUGUAAAAUCAGGAAAAUUUGUUCCCUAUUUAUGGAAAUGUGCGACGUGUUUCGGAAAUAAAAAGAAUUAUUUCUUUCGAUGAAAUACGAAACGCGUUUAAAAAGUCCUUCGACAAUACUGGACUUGAAUUAUUUACUAUACGUUUGUCGUAGCUCAAGGACCAAAGGUUUAUGGUAAUUUUAAAACGAGUAUUUCUUAAUGCCAAAUACGAGAUUUCUUUUGUCUUUUAUUUCAAACUCGAACAUCUUGCAUAAAUAAAUUACAAAGUGGAAUUUUCGAACUGUGUACUUGUCGGUUUUGUUGUAUUUCGAACGUAUAACGAAGGUACGAAGCUUAUCGUUCGAAAUAACUGUAAACCGAACGUACCGACUAAAAUUCGAUCUGACGCGUUAAGAAAAUCUAUUAACUUUUUUGCCACCUAAUUUAUUCGUAACUUCAACGUUCAACGUAUCGUUCAACGACCGGCAGCUUACGUGAAAAUUCGCUGUUACGUCGAAAAGCAAUAGUUGUUAUCUUUGUGUAUCUGCAAUUUUAUUUGCGAAUUAAUGCGACAGUAGCACGAAAAUUAAUCAAUUUUCCGAAAUAAAUAGCGUUUUAACGUUUUAACGACGCUAGCUGAAAGAUAUACGGUUGCUCGCGAAGGUAUAAACGCGUUAUAGGCAUUGUACAAAACUUUUCGAAAUUUCAUUAGUACAGCAACGAGACGUCGUUACCGUGACAACUACUGCCGUGUGGGUAAGACUCGUAAGAGCUACAAGACGUUUAUCGCGAGCAUACACUUAGCGAAGAAUUAAGUGGUAAACAGUAGAAGUAAAUAAAUCGUCUGAAACUGAAAUGAAGCGAAUGAAAUUAUGCUCGCAUUAAUAAAAUAUCUUGUAAUCUCUAUCGUAAUGUACAUCUUGAAAUUCGUUUCAAAUUUGACCAAUAUACUCGUAGUCACGACGGUCGAGCCUCGUUACGUUGCUAAUGAAAUUUCCAAAUAUUUUCCUCCUACAUCUUCACCUACGUGACACAUAAUACAUCGAUAAGCGUACAAAUACUUUCGUGAGCCACUCUACGUACACGAGUUCCACGAGUAACACGAGUCCAGCCUGUUUAGAGAUAGAAACACUUGAACUUUGGCAAGUAAUCCUUUAUCGUCGCUUACUCGUUGCAUACUUUUAGAUGAUUGAAACAAAGGUUUAUAGUUUUUCAUAAAGAUCUCGACAUAAUCUCGGUUCCACGUUUCACAUAUUACGUACAUACAAUUUUCACUGGUCGGAGCGACCACGCGUUUACGAAUCGGAUGAUCGAUCGUUUUGCGUUCGAUACAUCAGUUCGUAAACGUAAACGCAACGUACUCAGAAAGGCGGAGGGGAAGAAAAAGAAAGCUGAUUAUGGGAUUUUAGUGAUCGACGUAAGAAAUAAUAUCACAAGGAUCGCGAGACAGGACAUAAAAGGAUCGUUGGUAAUGUCACGGACAAUGUGGUAUUCCGCUUUGAGAUUCUCCGCACAUGCAUUCUACAGCGAUCGUAAAAGAACCGAGGGAAGAAGAAACGAAUUUACGAUCUUUUUAUUAUCCAACGACGCGAAACAUAUCCGAACACGCGAAUGUUUCUUUAAAACUAUUACCGUUUGUUCGAUGAUUCUCGAAGAAUAUAUUAUUUUCAUCCUUACGAAGAUAUCGGUCAAUAUCUUUAUCGGUUGCGCGCUUAAUAUAAUUAUCGCUUAACAAUUCUGCGUUGUGCGAUAAAAUUUCCUAUCGAAAUAAUUAAUGCGUCUUUAGUUUAGUCUUCUCGUUUAUUCGCUCCAAGUUAAUUUUCAAAUGUAAUUUUAAAUCAGAAUACAAGAAUUUUCGACGAUCGAAUGAACGAGUAAAUUUUACAAACAGCAAAUACGGUGUGAACCGUGCUAGACGACUAAACUAAUUACAUGACAUUAACCAAUUGUGAGAGUAAGAAUUAUUACAGAACGUUGGAUAAAAUAUUUCAUUGGGUCAAAAUAUUUCAUUAAAUUCUAAUUUAUCGUACCACUUUUAUUCGUAAUUCAUUUCUAAUGUGAAAUUCUGUUAACGAAUAUUUCUAUCUCUUCUGUGUAAAUAUUCAAGACGUCCGACGGAUAUAUAUCUGUGAAAAAUCACGAUAUUAAGCUUACUUAGACACGAUUCGUUGUCCAAUUGUAUAGCAUUUAACGUUCGAGUAGCAAAUUUUAACGAAGAAUGUCCACCAGAACAUAUCAAAUGUCCGUGUUCUUGUUCAAUUAUAAGGAACCGUUGUUAGAAAAGUCAAUUAUCGUCUGUCUUUCGUUACGUUUUAACUAGUAGGCAUUCGUGCAGUUCCAACCUUUCCGAUAGUUUGCUUUGACAGUAUAAUAAUGUAAAUUAUGUAAAAAGUUACUUGACGCCAUACAUAUCUAGCAAAUAAUUGGCUAUACGUUUAAAAAUGUCGCAACUGAUUCCACAAUUUAUUCCUCGUACCAAUUGCAAAAUACAUCGUAGAAAAAAUUGAAUCGAUCUGUCGCGACGAUCAAAAAAUGUCUAUUUUAUAUCGCGCAUAUUUGAACGCGCAUUAGUAGAACUAACAACGAUCGACUAAAUAUACAAGACGUUUAAGCUGUAAACGUUCGUAAUGCAAACUAAAAGGAAUAAAAUAUGUUCGUUAUAGAUACUAAAACCAAUAUUUUCCGUGUGAAAAUCUAAUUUUUUAUUUGCCUGUGUACAAUGCUUAAACAAUACGGUUGAAUUACGAAAGUAACCGAAAAAUAUACGUAUGUUGAAUAAGGAAAAUCUACUUACAUAUUGAUGAAUUCAUGAUUCGCAAAUGUGAACAUUAUAUCCAAAGGAGAGGAUGAUGCUUGAAAUAAAGUUUUACGCCUUACAUAAUCUUAAUUGAUGUGAUAUAACGAUAUCAUAUCUCGUACGUUGAUUUAAUAUGUCGUCAGAGUAAAUUUUUAAGAUACAAAUAUAAAAUUACGUUCUACUCUAUUCUCGGGAAAAAUUAAUUUUAUGUACCAUAUUAAUCGAACAUUCUUUAGCACGUAUUAUAUAGAUUCUGAAAUCGUAACGCAAAUUAGUUGUAAUUAAUUUUUCUGUUCCGUUUGAACAGACAUACAUAAUGCGAACAAUUGUGCGCAAAGUACCACAUACUUUUGUAUCAUCCGCAUUGUAGAUACCAUUACAAUCAAUGUUGAAUGAUCGAUGUAAUUGAGUAAUGCGAAAGUCGAAUAUAACUGUGAGAGACGAAGCGAGUCGUGCGAAUGCUUGUAAGUAGACCUCAAGUAUAGUAUACUAUGUAUGAAGAAAUUAAGUUCGACGAGUAUAGACGAAAAGAAAUGUAAUACGUUAUACACAGUGUACAGAUAGGCUGCAUUUUCCCUGCUAACAAUAGGUAGUGGCGUGACUAUAUAUGCCUUCGUCGUAUAUAACGUUAUUUAUAAAUAUAGGUACACGAAGAAUAUAAGAUUUGUGAGAAAUAAACGUGAUUUUCAAACGUCCACGCGUUAAAGAAGAACGACGCUAAAACGCUGAAACCGUUCUUUCGUUUUAUAAGGAAUCUGCUUCGAAGGAAUUUUAUUUCAAUUUCGAACGCAAUAAUAGUAUGAAUUCGAACGAACAGCCUUGGAAUUACAGGACGGAACAAAAUUAAACUGCCAUCGGUAAACGAUACGUUUCGUUAUUGCUUUCGCAAUAUGGUUACGCCAUACAUCGUGCUUUCGGCACGCAAUCUAGUCUUUUAAGCACCGUCGAGACCAGAAGAUUGUCCACUGUCCGUGUACACAUGAAAAUACAAAUUUAUCACAUA